GACCCGCUCGUCUCAAUCGAUGCCUUGUUGCUAUUUACGACUUAUUUAUUGUUCCGGCUGCACCAGACUUUCUUUAAUUGCAAUUAAUUGUCAAUUGGGUGGGACGCCGACUCCGCGGGAUAAAGGUCGUCGCCUCAUCAUUCGUGUGACGACAAGGCCACCACCACCUCCCCCACAACAGGGGCGCCGAGUUGGUCCAAAAUUGUCGUGGUCCCGGAGAAGUUGACGGUUCAGUUUCUUGAGAGUUAAUAAUAAGUUUGGGUGCAGUGGUAGACGACCUUUAUUUAUUUAGAAUGGCUGACUCCGCCUCUGAGAGUGAUUCAAGCUCGAUUGACGGUCCCCUCAUGAUGCCGCCCAGUCCCGUCAGUCGAGAACAGCUCUACAAACGCAUCGAGUCCCUUCAACAGCAAAAUCGCGUUCUCAAAGUGGAACUCGACACGUUCAAGUUGCGCGUGAAAUCGUUGCAGGAGGAAAAUCGACACUUGCGACAAGCCUCCGUCAAUAUUCAAGCGAAAGCGGAGCAGGAGGAGGAGUUUAUUUCAAAUACGCUCCUCAAAAAGAUUCAGGCACUCAAGAAGGAAAAGGAAACCCUGGCCCAUCAUUACGAGCAGGAAGAGGAAUGUCUCACUAACGAUUUGUCCCAAAAAUUGAAUCAGCUUCGCCAAGAGAAAUGCAAACUGGAGCAGACGCUGGAGCAAGAACAGGAAUGUUUAGUGAACAAGUUGAUGCGCAAAAUAGAGAAGCUCGAAGCAGAGACGAACGCCAAACAGAAUAAUUUAGAACAACUGCGAAGAGAAAAGGUUGAGUUGGAGAAUACGCUGGAACAAGAACAAGAAGCUCUAGUGAACCGGUUGUGGAAGCGAAUGGAUAAAUUAGAGGCUGAAAAAAGGAAUCUUCAAGCUAAAAUAGAACUGGGUCAAGGGACCAGCGGCGGUGACCAAUCGUCGUCCUCCGCCUCAUCGACGACAUCCUCCCUUCCACCAUUGAGUGGUGGCGGUGGUGGAGCGGCCGGUGGUGGUGGCGAGCAAUUUCUGAGACUCAGACUUCAAAAUAUUCAAAAUAGUCAGAACAGUGGUGGUAGUGGAAGUGGGGACAGCGGUUGCUCCCCUCACAGCAACAACAACAGUCCAAGGGGGUUACCCAUGCUCGGACCGGGAAGGAAUAAUCCUGCCGCGUACGGACCGGAAGACGUGAUCACACUGAGCAGCAAUGUCCAACUCUUACGGAAUGAGGUGGACAGGUUAAAAGGACAGUUGAACAUUGCACAACAACAGCAUUCUGAAAAGAUGAACCAAUUUGCCAUGGAGGAGAGGCAAAUUCGUGAAGAAAAUCUCCGCCUGCAACGCCGCCUGCAGUUGGAAAUGGAUCGUCGCGAAUCUCUCUGUCGCCACCUGUCUGAAUCCGAGUCGAGUUUGGAGAUGGAGGACGAGCGUCACUUUCACGAAUCUAUGGCCGCCCAUGCCGGCUCCCUCUCGAAUAGUAUCCUCUCCACAAUGCCCCCCCUUCUCACGGCUAACAACCAGCAACAACAGCAGCAUCAAGUUCGUGGAGGGAGGAGUCCGGGACCCUUUGUGCCUUCGCCAGGGUCACGUCCAAUCAGUCCUGGAUCCUCCUGCUCUCGUGACAUCAUGAUGAGUCCGCCCAGUCCGGUGAAUCGGUGUCACUUAUGCAAUGGACAUGGUUGGGUGGGUCCAUCAUCCUUGAUGGGCGGAGGCGGCGCAGGAAACGCUCCUCUCGUCGUCACUACAACGUCGGCACAACAGUUAUCUCACAUUUUGGUGUCAUCCUCAUCACCCCCGAUUCGUCAUUCCAGCCGGGAACGGUUUGCUCGACCUGCGCCACCAUUGACAAGUGAUCAGCAACAGCAGCAACGCAAUCAGGAGCCACGAACUCCAGGAGAUAGCACGAUGACAUCUCCGGCCCCGUCGCCCGCCCCAUUGGAAAUUGUGAUGAGUCCGGCUGCUGUGCCGUCGCCCUCUCCCAUGGACACGUCAACCACAAAGACUUGAAGAUCGCAGUGUCGUCACGUCCGGCGGAAGAUGACGUGACGAUGAUAAAGAACAUAGCAUAACUAUUAAUAUUAUUUUAAUUCAUGAAAAAAUUCAAGUCAAGUUUAACCUAAACUUUGCAAUUAUCUCUUUUUUAAACGAGUAUUGUAUUGUUGUAUUGCUGGGUGGGACGAAGUUGGAAAUCGAUUGUCGCUCAUUUUUUGUAUUGUAUUGUAGCAACAACAAUGAUAUGUGUUGAUUGAUGAACUGAAUGUUAUUAUAGUCGUAUUAAUAUUAAUAUUAUUAAGUUAUUUGGAUAUUGAUUAAUUAAAUAGAUUGUAAUGGAGUCCUGACCACAAGUAUUAAGUAUUAAUUGGUCAAUUAAUCAUAAAAUUUUACAUCACCUGCUGCUUGCUAUUAUCUAAAAAAAAUCUUCUGAAUUAAUGUAAGUAUUCGUUUGUGAGCGGAGUGGUGAUGAAAUUGAUAAAAAUAAUUGAAAUAUUUGCAUACUUGUUCUCACCAGUAAGGAAUGAAAUGCUAAAAUUAAAUAAAAAUUACAGUUUUCGUUCAAGUAA